CGAUUUUUCUCUCAUAAUAAUAUCAUAAUGUCGUACCUGUACGUCACAAUAAUAUUAUGAUUCGUAUCWUUGUACACGCGCAAAUUUAGCUACCUACACUUUAACCGUGUACAUUGUGUGCUMGCGUACAUCGUGUAAUGGAUUAUCGAUAAUUCRUUUUCGUUGUGAUAUUACUGCACGCGAAUUAGACAUAAUCAUAUAGCGACAUAAUAAUAAUAUUGUCGUCAUCGUUCGCGCACACGACGUCACGCGAUGAGUUCGUCGCUGCAGGAGAGCGAAAUCGGACCCGAAGAGCGGGCGACGGACAACGACGAUAAACUGUCGCUGGAAAACCUCAACCUGGACGAACUCAAGACGCUGGUCUCRAUAUGGAGAACGCGGUCGCUGAACGCCCCCAGCCCGGUCCAACAGUUUGGACCAUGUGGCCGUAUCAUGGAAACCUCAGCGUUGAUCACGAAAACUCAAGAUCCGGCCAGUCAACGUUUGACGUGGUCCAAAAAUCCUCUGUCGGUGUUGGUGAUAAAAAAAGUUAGAGAUAUGUCUGUUUUACCACCAUUCAUAGAACUCGUCAGAUGGCUGAUACAGGAAAAAAGCAUGAUAGUAUUUGUGGAACAUUCUGUGAUGGAAGACACAAUGCUCUCUAGUAACUCUGGCUUCAUGGAAAUACGAGAAAAAUUAAACUCUUUCCAAGAUAGCAAAGAUGAUCUAACAGACAAAAUAGAUUUUAUUAUUUGCUUAGGUGGAGACGGUACUCUCCUUUACGCUAGUCUUUUGUUUCAGCAAUCAGUACCACCAGUUAUGGCGUUCCACUUGGGCUCACUUGGUUUCUUGACGCCUUUUAAGUUUGACAAUUUCCAACAGCAAGUGACCAAUGUACUUGAAGGACAUGCUGCAUUAACGUUACGUAGUAGACUUAGGUGUAUAAUUGUUAGGAAGAAUGAAGACAAAGAAAAGCCUCAGCCAAAUUUAUUAGUACUUAAUGAAGUGGUUAUUGACCGCGGACCAUCACCAUACCUUUCAAACAUUGACUUGUUUUUAGACGGAAAAUACAUAACAUCUGUUCAAGGAGAUGUGUCAAAUUCAUAA